GCCUGUCAGCCCUCUAACAUCACUAUCCCUCCCUCUUAUUCUGCCAUUCCUCACUCUCCGCAGCCCAGCCAUCCUGGAUUCGAAUCAGAGCCCUCCAAUCUUGAAGAAGGCGGUGGAUAGGAUUUGGUAUCCCUUCCGUUGAGUUUGUGUUGCGGCAGUUUCUCGACUCCUCUACAACACGCUCCGGCGUUCCUUUAAUCCUGGAUUUAUUCUCCACCUUCCUUUCCCCUCUCCUUUCACCUAGACGGCCCUCCGCUCCCGUUAUCGCCUCGGACACCACUACUGAUUCACCUCCCUCAACUCCGCCGAAAUUACCCCAUGGUCAUUUUCGCUUGGGGACCAUUCGAAGAGCAUUUUCAAUAUCCUCACCUGCAACUACGCCUUUACCUUCCCACAAGCCUUCGGCUGACUUCAGGACCCCUAAGUUAGACGCCGAAAAAAUGACACCCUCGAUAGCCCAGCCUCAUGUUAUCGCGCACUUCCGUUCAUUGGUGUGGCAAUCCUUAGACAACGACAUGCUACCGACAGCACUGUUUGCUGCCGAGAGAUUAAAUGCCUAUGAUCCGAAAGGUGGCGACUCGGUUCAUUUGUUGGGCUUAUGUUUGUACCGGGAUGGUCAAUAUCUGGCGGCAGAGUCGUUGACAAAGAGUUGGGUCCGACACCUGGGCUGUGCAUAUAUCUAUGCGCAAUGCUGCUUAAAGCUCGGAGAUGGCAGAGAGAGCCAGGGUAUAAAUGCCUUGGAAACUUGCAGGCGGCUUUGGAGCGGGACUAGCACAUGGAGUGAGUUUCUUUUGUCCCGGUGCCUUGGGUGUCGUCGGAUCUAACCAUUCUGCCCUCGCGAUUUUAGAUCAGCAUUCAGAUAUAGACAGGCGCUCGAUACCAGACGCUGCAACAGUGCAAUUUUUAUUAGGCAGGUUAUGGAACAAUGCUGGGGAUGUGAAAAAGUCGGUGGAUUCCUAUGUGGCAGCUCUUAAGUUGAAUCCGUUUGCGUGGGAAGCCUUUACCGGUCUUUGCGACACGGGUAUUUUAGACAAAAGUUGCCCCUUUGAAGGAUUGUGUGCUAACGAUAGGUUAGGUGUAAAUCUACGACCCAAUGCGGUGUUCAAGCAAUCACAGGAAAUGCUCGAGUCACUCAAGAUACCUUCAUACCCUUCACACCUUUCAAAUAUACCUGCCACAAUCGCAGAGGAGUCAUCGGGCCUGAAUGGCUUGCGAAAUUCGUCUGAAAAUUUACCCAGUGAUCCUUUUUCCUCCAACGGGGGUAGCGGUAGAGACCGCUCGGAUUUAUCAUACAACAAUCACCCAUCGUUUUUCAACAGGUUGAAUGAAGGUGUGGGUAGCAGUUUGGAGGCGGAAACCCCAACAGCACAACCAACAGGGUCAAGUUCUCAUGAUUUAUUUGGAGGGGCGAACGGCGUUAAUAUUGCCGACAAACCGCCACAAGUUCGGAAGACCCGGGCGACGACUGCUGAGAUUACUACAAGGAAGCUUACAAGCCGAAGCACUCGUGAGAUCGGUAAUGACGGUAAACGAUCUGCGGCAUCUUCUCAGGAGUCAGGGCCUCAAGCGCCCGCUAGAAGGAGUACAAGACUCACAAGCAAAUUUACAAGCAAGCUGGGUGUUGGAACAGAGAGGGAAACGAGGUUGGGAACAAAGGAGCGGGAACGGGAGGCCAAGAAAGCAAAGACCGUAGGCAGUCGAAGUCGGAGUCUGCAUCUAACUGGAACCUCUGCUGCAGCAAAAGAACGGCAAAAGGAGAGAGAGCGAGAGAAUAUUGAAGAUAUCAACGUGGGCGCUUCCAAAUCUAGCGCCGUGGGAUAUCUGUUUGCUAACCGUUUUUGGUGGGAUAGAUGUCUGAUGCUGCAUCAAAACCAAUCUUUGCGCCGGGGCAUCAGAUUGAUAUGAAGAAGCAGGAAGCACAGCUGUUUAUACUCGACCUAUUCAAAAAGGCGGGUGCUGGGUAUUUCAGUCUGAGCAGAUUUCGAUGCAAGGAAGCUCUCCAUGCUCUAAACUCUUUAUCCUUGAGUCAAAAGGAUACCCCCUGGGCCCAAAGCCAGCUUGGGAGAGCAUACUACGAAAUGGCUAACUAUAUCGAGGUUUGCAGAGCUCUUAUAUGAUCAUAUAGAUAUCUGGCUAACGAGGUUUUCUUCAUAGGCCGAGAAAUGCUUCUUAAGAGUACGCCAUUUGAGCCCCGUUCGAACCCGAGAUAUGGAAGUAUUUUCAACUAUUCUUUGGCACCAGCGCAAGGAAGUAGAUCUUUCUUACUUGGCACAUGAGUUGGUUGAGCUUGAUCGACUUUCGCCAGAGGCUUGGUGUGCACUUGGUAACUGCUUUUCUUUACAGCGGGAUCAUGACCAAGCUCUGAAAUGCUUCAAGAGAGCAACGCAACUUAAUCCGAAAUUGGCGUAUGCCUUUACACUUCAGGGGCAUGAACAUGUAAGCAAUGAGGAGUACGAGAAGGCUCUUGCUAGCUAUCGAAGUGCGAUUACCGCCGACAGUAGGCAUUACAACGCAUGGUAUGGCCUGGGGAAAGUAUUCGAGAAGAUGGGUAAGUUCGACACUGCGGAGAAACAUUUCCGGACAGCAUCGAAGAUAAACCCUACGAACGCUGUUUUGGUAUGUUGUGUUGGGAUGGUGAUGGAAAAGAACAAGGACUUUAGGGGAGCAUUGCAUCAGUAUAACAUUGCCUGUGAAAUGUCACCUACAAGCGCGCUCUCCAGAUUCAAAAAGGCGCGAACUUUGAUGUUGCUCAAGAGCUACCAGGUAAGUCCUGAGUCGCUGGCACUAUAGGCGCUGGUGAGAGAGUUCUGGUUGAGGGAUCAUGGGCUAACCUUAUAUAACCUUAAAGCCUGCUCUUAAAGAGCUGCGGAUAUUAAAAGAUCUCGCGCCAGAUGAAGCGAAUGUCCACUACCUGUUGGGGAGAUUGCAUAAGUUACUCCAUGAUAAGAAAAGUGCCAUUAAACAUUUCACCAUUGCCCUCAACCUGGAUCCAAAGGUUAGUUCAUCGCCACCUCCAGACCUAUUGCUGUUAUUGAUGGUUAGAUAGGCUGGUCAUCUAAUAAAAGAAGCUAUCGAGAACCUUGACGAAGAUGAAGAAGACGAGUAUUCGGGUGACGCGGAAGAAAACCGCUUCCUGGAUCAUUAGUCGCUGCGAAAAGGUUGAAAGUGGCUUGAGCGUGGUGGCUUGGUGCUUGAUUCUUUGGAGGUCGAAUACUACGAAGUGACGAUCAAAACAAAAAAGGGAGGAGCGGACUGUAUUGCAUAGCCUUUUCCGUGUCUUGUGAAUGCAUAGCUUUCCUUGUGCCUCUUUCUCUCCUUCGGUCCUGUUAUUGGGGUUUUUCUUUCUUGCAAAGCGGUCUUUGGGGUGGGUUGGUUUACAUUCUCAUUUCUAAAGGGGUUCUUUCUUUCUUAUAUAUACCGUUGCGAUUGCUACCAGAGCAUGGGUGAGAAGCAUGGAGUGGGCUCUUUUUUCUUUCUCUCUGCUACUACUGUACACUUUUAGAGCUCUUCUCACUGGAGAAGUUGUGCGUGUAUGGGAGGGGAACUGCAGGCGUAUUAAAACCCUAUCCUCUCCCCUUACCCUUUAUCCCCCCAUUAAUCCCUUUUUCGGCCCUGGCCACCUUGCCCUGUGUAGUAUAAUUCAGGUGUUUUUUAUAUCUUUCGCAGCUCUUUAGGUUGGGCACGGUUUUAUCUUUGUUUAGGCGCUGAGUUGGGUGUUAACAUUGUUCUGCACCUUGAACUAGACACAUACUUAUACUCGAGUCGUUAAAACUGAGAUUGUUUCUCG